AUGAAGGCCUUCGCAACAACCCUAUUCGCCCUCAUCAAUGUCAUCAUUGGGCUAGCUACUGCUAGUCCAGGAGCAAACGCUUCGUUUGUCGGCCGAGCCGACUAUACAGAAAACCCGAGCUAUAGAAUGCUGCAAGACAUGACAGACAAACAGCUGCUUGCACUUCGUGACUUGAAAGACUACGUCGAUCGUAUCUACACGGACCUGGAAUUGAAAGAGUUCGUCGAUCGUAUCUAUUACGCGGAGCAGGAUUUGCAUGCGGCAGUGGGUGUAAAUGAUAUUCGCUUCUCGAAGCCGAAUUGA